CGCUCCGCUUGUUCCUUUGCCUACUGCAGCGCGCAGGCGUCAUCCCUGCUUCCCAAUGUUAUUCCGAGCGUUUCACCCAGCAAACACCUCCCCACCGGGAGGGAGGCACCUGCGCGGGAGGAAAGGCCAACAGCCAGCGAGCAGGCCGACCGGGACAGCAAAGAACCCCGCAAGGACACAUUGUAUGACAAAAUGGUGAAAUUAAUUUGCACUUUGGCUGAUCACAAAGAUGAUGUCAACUGUUGCGCUUUGUCCUCUUCCUACCUGGCUACAUGUUCCUUGGACAAAACUAUUCGGCUAUAUUCUUUAAGCAACUUUGUGGAGCUACCUUAUUCCCCUUUAAAAGGCCACACUUAUGCUGUCCAUUGCUGCUGCUUUUCUCCUUUAGGAAAUAUUUUAGCUUCAUGUUCUACUGAUGGCAACACAGUUCUGUGGAAUACUGAAAAUGGACUAAAACUGGCAGUGUUGGAGCACCCCUGCCGAAACCCAGUAAGAAUUUGUCGAUUUUCUCCCAAUUCUACAUACCUAGUUUCAGGAGCAGCUGAUGGAAGUGUAAAUCUUUGGAACGUUCAGUCCUUGAAAGUGUAUCGAUCUGGUAGUGUUAAAGAUGGCUCUUUGGUAGCUUGUGCAUUUGCUCCUGAUGGAAAUUUCUUUGUGACUGGAUCUUCAUGUGGAGAUUUAACCAUCUGGGAUGACAAAAUGAGGUGCUUGUAUAAUGAGAAAGCUCAUGAUCUUGGAGUUACCUGUUGUGAUUUUUCUGCACAGCCGCUUUCUGGUAAUAAACAAGAUAUUAAAUAUUUCCAGAUGGCAUCUUCUGGUCAAGAUAGUAUAAUUAAGACAUGGCUUAUUUCACAUGUUGAUACAGGUCUUGAACUGAAAUAUAAGUGUACAUUAAGUGGACAUUCUGCCCCUGUCCUAGCUUGUGCUUUUUCCUAUGAUGGGCAAAUUUUAGUUUCUGGGUCUGUGGACAAAACUGUAAUGGUUUUUGAAACUAAUACUGGGACAGUUCUACAGAUCUUGACGCAGCAUACCAGAUAUGUUACCUGCUGUGCCUUUGCACCAGAUGUGCCAUUAUUCGCUACGGGUUCAAUGGAUAAAUGUGUAAACAUCUGGCAGUUUGAACCAAAGCAGUUUUGCAAAGGUUAGUACAAUUGGUUAGCAUAUAUCGAUAUACAAUAGAUGCGAAUCUGCCUUAUUUCAUCAGAAAUUCAUCGGAGAAUUAGUAUUAUCUGAUUUGGCUGGCAAUAGCUUUUCAAGGCCUCAGGCCAAUCAUUCAUAUGAUACUAACUACCAGGAAAUGUGGACAGCAGAAGAUCCACCUGAAUGUUCAAUUCUGAAAGAAAACUUUAACAAUCCACAUCAUUCCAAUAUACUUUUUAGGCCAGUUCCAAGAUCAAGAAAUACUGUGCAAGCUUUGGAGUUCACCACCACAUGUUCUUUAUCACAAGAACAAGGCAAAAAAGUGCUAGGUGGAAGGAGGAACAU